AUGGACCAACCCCAGGGCGAGCAUUCCAAUGCUCACGCACUGGCCGAGAGCCUGGUUGCCUGGUUUACGUCAAAUGGGGGUCAGCUCAGUCCAGACGUCGAGAUCGUCUACAGCGACGCGCGUGGCUUCCACAUGCGCGCACUGCGGCCAUUGAGCUCGCCUGUGGUGACCAAGUGUCCGCUUAAGCUCACACUCUCAUGUCUCAACCUAGACCCGGGUGAACAGGGCGUAUUGCACAUUGAGAGUCCCCUGCGACAAUGUCGAGGACGAAUUCCGGAUCACAUACUAACAUAUCUCCUCUUAAUUGAGCAACGUGACAAGGGUCAAGCAUCGCCAUGGCAUGCUUAUAUUGCAUGUUUACCAAAUUCACGGGACAUGACGACGCCCUUAUGGUUCGAUGAGGGCGAUAUGGCCUUUCUUGCAGGCACAAGCUUAGUGCCUGCUGCCAAGGAGAGGAAAGCUGAGCUACAGCAGCAGUGGGAGGGCGCCAUAGCAGUCAUGGAAGAGCUGAGUAUUCCUCUCGCCAAGGGCAUUGACACUGAAUCGUUACUAUGGGCAGCCACCAUCUUCACUUCUCGCGCAUUCAUCUCCACCCAUAUCUUGCCCGAGAGGGAAACAGUGCCCAUUCUCUUCCCAGUGGUCGAUAUUUUGAACCAUUCCGUGUCCGCCAAAGUAGAAUGGGACUUUCAGCCUGGUCAAUCUUUCGCUUUGAAGUGCCUUGACGGAGACUCAUUCCAGCCCGAACAAGAGCUUUUCAACAACUACGCACCCAAGCAGAAUGAUGAGCUACUUCUUGGAUAUGGCUUCUGCCUUGAGAACAACCCCAUCGAGCAGUUUGCUUUGAAGCUGGCAUUCCAGCCGCAGCUGCAGCAAUAUGCGCAACAGCUGGGUCUACUGAGUCCUGAAAAUGUGCCUUUCGGAAUGUCCAAAGACUUCUUAGCAACAGAUGCAAACAAAGAGCAGCACUUUCUGCGCGUCAAGGACCAUCCUUUUGGACGUUAUGAUAAUCAUGUCUCUUUCUUCCGCGGUGUACCUCCAUACAUUGUACAUUUCUUCUUCAUCCAGACAGUUAUUACUCUUGAAGUAGACAUCAGUAGUAUCGAUGUUGCGAAACCGGGAUCUAGAAUUGCUCUGCAAGUUCUGGUACUGUUACAUCAGGCCCUGACGCAGAGGUGUAGCACCCUUCCCCUCCACUUCAACCAGAAGCCCCAAAACGACAAGCAAAGGUUUGCCAAAACCUAUCGCGAUACCCAGGCCAGAAUUAUUCACUCGGUACGAGAAGAGCUGCAGACCGCAAUCACAAGGCUGCGCGCGCCAAGCAACCAAUCCUCGCGGGUGUUGCAUUCUAUACCGGACAUCCUCGUGACCUUCCGCUCCGAUCUACCCAAGCCAGCAAAGAGAUUCGAGGAAGCGCUUGUGCAGCAUGGUCUGCAAGACCCGGAAGCCGAGAGUAUGGUGUGGACAUUACUACUCACAGUCCUGCUAGCCAAAAUGCUAACAACGCAAAACACCGACGCCGCUCUAAUAUUCUCCCUUUUGCGCGACCUAUGCGUAAGACAUGCACUUCCCGCUCUCGAAGACGGGAUCGAAGACGCCGACACAUACACCUUCAUCGACGAGCAUCUGGGUGAUUUCCUGCACCUUCCUUCUGCCGAUCCGGACGCGUCACCAAGCGACGUUCUCGAUGAGCUCGGUCUUACCUUUGUCAACCAACCCGCUGAAAGUACAGCUGCUCCUGUCUUCAUCAAUGGUCGUACGGAGAACCUUGGCCCAAGGAUUAUCAUGUGGGCGAUGAAGGUGGUCGAGCAGGAUGUCGUGCCGGUGGUUGAAGACGGACAGAUUAGGAAAUAUUUGUACGCUAGGUCGCAGGCGGAGGAAGGCGGGGCUCAGAGUGUUGAAGGGUGGAUGUACGAGCAUGUGGCGGUGUAA